AUGGAUGUCCAAGACAAGACAAAAGAUAAUGAAAAUGCUAGAAAGGACAUGGAACUAUUGUGUAAUCGAAAAGAUUUAGAGUUAAAGACUCUACCGAAUGGAAAACUAUUAACACCCAAAGCUACUUAUAGUCUAACUCCCCAAGAAGCCAAGCUUGUUUGUCGAUGGUUAACUGAAUUGAGAAUGUCUGAUGGUUAUACUUCUAACUUGGCAUGGUGUGCUAACUCCAACAAUAGGAAGUUGAAUGGAAUGAAAAGUCAUGAUUGCCAUGUUUUCAUGGAACGAUUGCUUCCAAUUGCCUUUAACUCAUUGCUAUCAAAAGUGCUUAAUCCACUAACUGAAAUUAGUCAUUUUUAUAGAGAUAUUUGUGCGUUAGUUUUAAGAGUGGAUGACCUCAUUAAGUUGGACCAAGACAUUCCUUUAAUUCUAUGCAAGUUGGAACAAAUUUUUCCACCUGAUUUUUUCAAUUCAAUGCAAGUUGACCUCAUUUAA